AUUCGUGUGAACGUGAAGGAUAUGCUACCACUGCUGGCCUCAUCAAUGUGUAUUUAUCAAUUCACCUGCUCGUGUGGAGCCAGGUAUGUCGGCCGUAACCAGCUUUCGCUUUCCAAAUGUAUCACCGAACACUUACCAACAGGGUUUUACAAAGGAGAAAAACGAUGCCCCCGCAGCUCCAUCUUAGAACAUCUGCUAGAUUCCGGACACCAAGCUACACCCCAAACAAACUUCAAAGUCGUCUACAGAAUACGAAGUAGUCUUCCUAAAGGUGUACGAAUCAGACUUCUUCAAACUGCAGAAGCAAUGGUGAUUCACUUGCUAAGUCCUGAACUCUGCAUGCAGAAGAAGUUCGUUCAAUCACUACACUUGCAAUGGACGUAAUCUAUCUUAUUACGCGACAAGUAAAUUCUACCUAAUCCUUUUUUCUGUCUCUUCUUUAGUAUCAUUUUGUCUUCUCAAUUGUAAUAUUUUACAUUUUCAACCUUCUUGUUCUCUAUCCCACCCGAUUUAAUUUCUGCACCUCACUACCACUGUUACUGAUUUGACCAAUGCUCAAUUUCUAGUCAUUUAUGUUACGUCAUCCAACUUAUUUGCUCAAUUUCAGUUCUAAUUUAAAUGGCAGUAUUCUCUACCCCACUUCUACUUAGUCUCUACCUGUAAUUACCUCUGUUGCUACCCUGACCUUAGUUGAAACAUUUUAGUCAAUUAUAUUACGUCAUCUAACUUACUAACUCAAUCUUACUUUAGUUGCUGUCUAAUUAGGCUUGUUUCUUUAUAUGAGAUCAUUCUUGUAUUACCUGGUCAAUUAUCUAAACUUGACAAACCUCAUGUACACACACACACACACACAAAUAAUUGUAUAUAAAUGCUAUCGUACAGCUAUGUGAAUGAAUUCGCCGAAAAGAGUCUCUUCGCUGAACGUAUGACUCAAUGGGGAUUUUUAAGCUACAAAAAUUACCUUUUCAUAUGAUUCAUGUAUUUUCUUCCAUUAACGUGAUCAUAUUAGUGUUUGUUUUUUAAGUAUAAUAAUAAUAAUCAUCUAAGAAAUAAUAAUGCAUUUUUGUCUUUUGUUUGUGGUAGAAUCAUGUUAUUACUUGUUUAGAAGUUUAUGAAGAAUGGGCGAUCACUGGAUCAGAUGAUUCUAGUAUAUGUGUAUGGAAUAUAAAUACUGGCCAGUGUUUAAUAAACUUAUUUGGUCAUCUCGGUGGCGUUUGGUCAAUGACUGUUAUACCGGGUCAAUUUUAUCCAGCAAAAAAGGAUUAUCAUCCGUUCAAUCAAUAUCCUCUACUUAUAUCAGGUAGUUGUGAUCGAACUGCACGUGUUUGGCAAUUAGACGGUCAUCGUUGGCCUUGCAUAGCUACAUUGUUUGGACAUCAGUCAACUGUCCGAUGUUUAGCUAGCCAAAAACCAUGCUGUGCUCCAAAAUUUGUUUUAAACAAUACUCACAAUUGUAAUUGCAACGUCAGUGAAAAUAAUCCUAGUACACUUGGUCCAGAUGUGUGCCCAAACGAUAAUAAUGGUGAUGCUUUUGUUGGCAUUGAUAAUUUCAGUAUUAUCGGGGAUAAUAUUUCUGAAAAAGAAUAUAUUCUACCAAAUAUAUCGGCUAACAAAGGAAAUGACGGUAAUGAUAACGGCCAUCAUUGUGAUAAUGCUUAUGGAAACUUAAAUGUUAAUCUCAUAAAUAACCGCUCAGCAUCAAAUAAACCUGAUUCAAGCGAGCAAAUAUUUAAACAAGAGACUUUUGAAAAUAGUCAUUUAGUUGUUACAGGUAGCCGUGAUACAACUCUACGUUUAUGGAAUGUGUUAACUGGUGAAUGUGUUCAAGAAUUUCGAGGUCAUCGUGGUGCUAUACGUUGUGUCCAGUUUACAGGUGAUCAAAUCGUAUCUGGUAGUUAUGAUUGUACAAUUCGUUUAUGGUGUGCACUACAAGGUCAUUGUUUGCGUGUAUUUAGUGCUCAUACAAAUCGUGUUUACACCUUAUUAUUUGACGGUUAUCAUAUCAUCAGUGGUUCACUGGAUACAACUAUACGUAUAUGGAAUGUACAGACAGGCCUUCUGGAGCAAACAUUUCAUGGUCACCGUUCAUUGACUAGUGAAUUGGUUUUUGGUUCUGAACAGAAUAUUUUAGUUUCAAGUAAUGCAGAUGAAACAAUUCGUGUAUGGCAUAUCCAUACUGGGAAGUGCAUACAUAUUCUUGCUGGCCCUCACAAACAUCAAUCAGCUGUUACCUGUGUCCAGUUAACACGUAAUUUCAUCAUAUCCUCAGGUGAUGACGGUACCGUUAAGCUUUGGGAUAAGCGGUCUGGUGCAUACAUUCGGGAUUUGUUAAGACUUGAUGGAGCUGGACGUGGUGGAGUUAUUUGGCGUAUAGUUGCAUCUGAAGAACGUUUAAUAUGUGCUGCUGGCAGCCGAAUUGGUAUGGAACCUACAAAAUUAGUUAUAUUACGAUUUCAAGAACCUCAAAUAUGUUCAAAGCAUUCGAAAAAUAAAGCAUAUACGAUUAAUCAUAUUUGCCGUCCUAGGCAAAAAUAUGCUCCAGAACCAAGACUUAGUCAGAUUUUGUGUACAAAUCUAGGUACAAAUUAAUUGAUAUCUCUAUUUCUCAGUUAUUUAUUAGUGAUCGUUGUACAUAAAAUGAUUUCCUCUUUGCUUAUACUGUAGCUUUUUCUGUAUUUUAAUUUUGACCAGCUAUACUAUCUUUUACUACUAAGCACCACUUUAAUUCCUCAUCAUAUAUUGCGGGAAAAUAAAAGCUCAAAGUUGUUCGUCUGUCUUUAAAAAAUAUAUAUUCGACUGAGCAGUACGUCUAAUGCCUGGCGUGU